GAAGGAGGUUGACUAUGCAUUGCCUUUCAUCUAUUUUGGAUCUCGGAGGAAAGAUUCCAGUUUCAUUCUAGGACCAUUUCCAACGGCUACCAGACAAAGUAGAUGCUAUCUAAUGAUGGAACUACUUCAAGACUAUAAGCUAUAAGCCUUGCAGCUCUACCUGGCUGAUGUAAAUCAGAUGGUGACUGAAUAGAACCUGCCCUAGUCCUGGGUCCACGAUGUACGCACCAGUUGAAUUUUCAGAAGAUGAUUACCCACGAGUUGAGUAUCAAAGAAGACAGCAAUUUUGGGACCCUAUACGACUAGCUCUUUUCACAUUGGCAAUUGUAGCAAUCAUAGGAAUUGCAAUUGGCAUUGUUACUCAUUUUGUUGUUGAGGAUGAUAAGUCAUUCUAUUACCUUGCCUCUUUUAAAGUCACAAAUAUAAAAUAUAAAGAAAAUUAUGGAAUGAGAAACUCAAGAGAGUUUAUAGAAAGAAGUCAUCAGAUUGAGAGAAUGAUGUCUAGGAUAUUUCGACAUUCUUCUGAAGGAGGUCGGUUUAUCAAAUCUCAUGUUAUCAAAUUAAGUCCAGAUAAAAAUGGUGUGAACAUACUUAUGGUGCUCAUGUUUCGAUACCCAUCUACUGAUAGUGCUGAGCGAAUCAAGAAAAAAGUUGAAAAGAUUUUAUAUCAAAGUCUGAAGACAAAACAGUUGCCUUUGACUAUAAACAAACCAUCAUUUACACUCACAUCUAUCGACAGCAAAAAGAUGAGGAAUCUUCUCAACAGCCGCUGUGGAAUAAGGAUGACAUCUUCAAACAUACCAUUACCAGCAUCCUCUUCUACUGAAAGGAUUGUCCAAGGAAGGGAAACAGCUAUGGAAGGAGAGUGGCCAUGGCAGGUCAGCCUCCAGCUUAUAGGGGCGGGCCAUCAGUGCGGAGCCAGCCUCAUCAGUAACACGUGGCUGCUCACAGCAGCUCACUGCUUCCACAAAAAUAAAGACCCAAGUCAAUGGAUUGCUACUUUUGGUGUAACUAUAACACCACCUGCAGUGCAACGAAGUGUGGAGAAAAUUAUCCUUCAUGAAAAUUACCACAGAGAAACAAACGAAAAUGACAUUGCUUUGGCUCAGCUGACUACCCGAGUUGAGUUUUCAAAUGUAGUUCAGAGAGUUUGCCUCCCAGAUUCAUCUAUAAGGCUGCCACCUAAAACAAGUGUCUUUGUCACAGGAUUUGGAUCUGUUAUAGAUGAUGGACCUAUACAAAAUAAACUUCGGCAAGCCAGAGUGGAAACCAUAGGCACUGAUGUGUGUAACAGAACGGAUGUGUAUGAUGGCCUGAUAACUCCAGGAAUGUUAUGUGCUGGAUUCAUGGAAGGAAAAGUAGACGCAUGUAAGGGUGAUUCUGGUGGACCUCUGGUUUAUGACAAUCGUGACAUUUGGUACCUUGUCGGUAUAGUAAGUUGGGGACAAUCAUGUGGUCUUCCCAAAAAACCUGGGGUCUAUACCAGAGUGACUCAGUAUCGAGACUGGAUUGCCUCAAAGACUGGUAUCUAGUGUGAAUCGUCCAUGAAUUAUACCCAUGGCACACAAAAAUAAAAUUCCUACAUAUUGUAUAUUAUUUAUAUUCAUGUGGUUUGGAUCAGUGCUUUUGCUGGAUGUCAAGAAGUCCUUCAGACUCAGAUCAAUCUCAAAUUAUGAGAUGGUCUUUGUGUACACGUGACUGAACCCUCUCUACCCUGAGAGAAGAAGACACAGCAAAUGACAGGUAGCACUGACUUCUCACUCACGAGGGAAAUUGUUGUGAUGCUUAUUAACAAGAUGAACAUUUAUAAAUGGCUUUCCCCAAUGGAACACAGGGGACAUCAUUUUCCACAGGAUAUGAAGAGCUGCCAAAACCUUACCUCAUAUAAUACCCGGAGCACUUGGAUUCUUCUAGCAAAAACACGAAACAGCAGUCUUCCCUGAGGGUUCUGGGCUUCAGCAUUCUAGGACUGAUGAUG